AUGAAGGUGCAGUUUUUAAUCUGUCUUUUACCGUAUUUGGUCAUUGCGGCUCGUCAUGACACAUGUGAAGGUUCAUGUCAUAUCUGUUCUAAGCAUUCAACGAUUCUUGCAGUAUGUAUCAAGGUUUUAAAUGAUGCAAUGGCCAAAGUGGAUUCCAAAGAUAAGUCUAAUCAGGAUAAAAUUGCCGAAGCUAUUCGACAGCACUGUGGCGGUUUGAAGGGCAAGGAACACAAACUGUGUUUCUACAUUGGCGCCCUACCCGAGUCGGCCACUUCAAUAAUGAAUCAGGUCAGCAAACCCUUAUCAUGGUCUAUGCCAGCUGAGAAGGUGUGUGAAAAGUUGAAACCUAUGGAUGCGCAGAUUUGUGAAUUGAAAUACGAUAAAUCGAUUGAUUGGAAAACGGUGGACUUGAAGAAGUUACGAGCGAAGGAACUGAAGAAAAUACUUGAGGAUUGGGGAGAGUACUGCAAGGGAUGUAAAGAGAAGUCAGAGUUCAUCUCAAGAAUCGAGGAGCUGAAACCAAAAUAUGUGAAGACCGAGCUUUAA